AUGAAAUUAAAAAAAAAGAAGAAAACUAAUGCUGCAUGUUGUCAAAAAUAUCGUCAAAAAAUCAAAUUAAAACGAUUACAAAGUAAGCAUUUUGACAAAACAAUUAGAAAAAAAGAGUCAACAAGAAAAGCAAUGUAUCGUACAAAAAUAAAACAACGACAACAACAAGAACAAUCAAUACUAUCAACAUCAACUAUCACGAUAUCCAGAAAUAAUCUUCGAAAAAUUGAAGGUCGUCAACGUCGUCGCCAAAAUGCUUCAAAAUUAAAGUCAGAUGAAGAGAAGUUACAAGAUUCAAAUAAAAAAUUAGAAAAUGAAAACAGGAGAUUGAAAGCACAACUUGCCUCUUUAUUAAUAUCAUCAUCAUCAACACCACCAGAAGCAACUACCGGCACAAGAACAACCACAUCAUCAUCAAAUUUUCUUUUUAAUAACCUCAGUCCAGGUGCUAAAAAACGUGCUGCAGCACGUAUGAGAAGAGAAAAGCAAAAUUUAGCACGUGGUACUAUGGAACGUGUUCAUAAUGAAUUUGGUAUUAAUUUAUCUAACAACAAUUUAGCAUCAACGGGAACAGUAUCAACUUCGAAAGAACUUGCUAGUGCUAUUGAACAGUUUAUUAUUAAUGAUGAAAUCACACGAUUAACACCAGAUAAAAAACAAAUUAUUGAUGGCCAACAAGUACGUUUGUUAUUAAACCAUUUGAUUAAUCUUCAUCAAAGAUUUAUUCACGAAACACGCUAUGACUGUUCUUUUUCUACUUUUACAAGACAUGUCCCAUCCUAUAUUGUUUCACCUAAACCACAUGAAUGGGGUACAUGUUUAUGCAUGAGUUAUUUAAAUCCACAAAUAAAAUCUGAAAGAAUUAAUCAACUGAAAAAUUCUCAUCCUAUUUUAAAUAAUUUAUCAACAUUAUUAAAUGAUGAUAUAACAUCAGUAACGAAUGAUAAAAAUAAGGUGGAAGAAAUUUUGAAAGAAUUAGAUUCAUUAAAAAAUGCAUCAUUUACAAUAACCUAUACGGAAUGGAUUAAAAAAAAGAGUGAAAAAGAGCCUUCAAGAACAUAUGGAAAUGGUACAUGCUCAAUUCAAAGCGCUUAUUAUUAUGAACAACAGGUGUCUAUAUCAGCUGGAUAUGUUUUGAAAAAGAAUAAUUGUUUUAGUUUCGAUUGUUUAUCAGAUGAAACGCGUCAUAUGGCAGAAUAUACAUGGGUAGCUAUUCGUGAUUUACAGGAUGAACUUCUUGAUGGGACAAGAGAUGGAAAAGUCUCUGAAUUAAAUUUUAUAUCUGAUUUGCCAUCUAGUCAAUAUAGAAAUAAAACAACUAUAUAUUUAUUAAAACAUUAUGCAACAAUUAGGAAAAUUACAAUAAGGUGGUUGUUUCUAGGUAGUGGUCAUGGUAAAGGUAUUUCUGAUACUAUUGGUUCUUCAAUCAAGCGUUUAUUCGACGAUGCAAUUAGAUUAAAUCCUGAUGAAUCAUUUAAUGCUGCUGAAGAAUUAAUGAAUAAAAUAAAAGGUUCAACAAAUAUUCGACUAUAUUUAUAUAAAAAAGAAGAUGUUGAUUCUUUUCUGCAACAAAUUCCAUCAUUAACAACAGUUAAAGGAACAUCUAUGUUCCACGAACUUAUUGCUAAACCUAAUGGACAAAUUUUUGCAAAAAAUAAAUCGGAUGAACAAGAGACUUUAUUACAAACAAAAUUUUAG